CUAACUAUAUAUCUAUCACAACCAUUACUCGGUUCAUCGAUCUGAUAAGAGAGUUGUUCCAACUUAAUCGGAGAUUUAAAAUAUAAAUCUUAAGAAUGAAUGCAUGCAACAACAUUUGUUUAGAAAGCUUCCUAUAUUAUUUUUCAAAUUAAGAUGUAUAUGAAGGGUCUGAUGAAACCUAAACCAAAUUAGUCGGAGUUUAAUAGGCAUUAAAACAUCAAGUCAUGAGAUACCCUACAAAAAUAAAAAUAAAAAUAAAAACAAAAAAGCACUAGUAGGAGCGCCACUAGCUAAAACUACUACUACUACAACAUAAUACUGUAGUACAUGUUGACAGUUCAAAGCAACACUAAUAAGCUUCGGGGUUAAGGAAGUAAACAAUAAUAAUAAAAUAAAAAAGGAAAAAAAACCCUAAUAUAAAAAAAUGUAUAGUAUUAUUUAUAAUAAAAACAAAAAGAGGGAGAAUAAAAAGGGGAAAACACACACUCAAAAAACCCUUGUGAAGCUAGCAAAAAAGCUUUACUCUUGCUCCUCUCCCUUUCUAUCUUAGCUUUCCUUUGAAAUUGUUAUCUGAUUAUAUCUCUUCUUUCAUCAUAUACUUUGAUUCUCCACCAUAUCCCCAAAGAACCCACCUUCCUCUUCUUCCAUCAAACUUUUAUAAAAGAAAGAACCUAAAAAAAAAAAAAAAAAGAUAGAAAGAAAGAAUUAAAGAUAGAUAUCAAAAAAAUACCUUAAUAAAAGAGAGACUAUGGUUUUCUCUUCAGUUCCACACUAUUUAGAUCCUCCCAAUUGGCAACAGCACCCUAAUCAUCAACAACUUCUCCAAGGUAAUAAUAAUGGUUCUGGUGGUAAUCAACACGAUCACCAAAAUCAUCAACAACACCUUCUUUCACCACCACCGAUGCCCGGCCAACAGCCGGGCCAGCCCCAGAUGGGGAUGGGUGGUGGUGGCGGAGGACCGGGGGCUCAGCCUAUGCGCCCUAACUCGAUGGCGGAGAGAGCCCGCCAAGCGAAGAUCCCCCCACCGGAAGCUCCACUAAAGUGCCCCAGGUGUGACUCUUCAAACACCAAGUUUUGUUACUUCAACAACUAUAGCCUAUCACAGCCCCGCCACUUUUGUAAGGCUUGUAGACGGUAUUGGACACGUGGCGGGGCUCUUAGGAAUGUUCCGGUAGGUGGAGGAUGUCGGAGGAACAAAAGGUCCUCCAGUAAGUCCUCUGGAGGAGGAGGUGGUGGUGGUGGUUCAUCGUCUUCUAAGUCCUCUCUCUCCUCUCCAACCGGGAUGAUUGGAGGGGAGAGAUUACCUCUACAUAUGGAUUUAGUAAGCACAAGUGGUCUCGGCCCUAGUUUCCCCGGCAUGCCCUCGGCCGGGGGUGGGACCGGGAUGUCGUCCUUCAUGGCCUCCUUACAAAACAUAGCUCAAUUAGGGAUGGGAAAUUUAGGUCUCAACUUUGGUGGGGGCCUCAACACACCUCCUCCUCACCCUCUAGGAGGGUUAGGAGGGUUGUCUGGUAGUGAACAUCCUCCUCAUAAUCAUCAAAUGGAUUAUCCUCAUCAACUUAACCCGAACCCGAGUAAUAAUCAACAACAACAAGUACAUCAUCAUCAAUUCCCUAACUUCUUAGGGGGUUUCGAAAUCCCUGGUGGCUCUUCAGCUGGUGCUGGGUUAUACACCUCAUCUUUUCAAAAUGAUCAUCAAGGAAUCGACGGUGGUGGUAGUGAUGACCAACAUCAUCAUGACCAAGAUGAUGAUCAAGUCAAUAGUAAUCUUCUCAAGAGUUGCUCAUCAACUAUGACAUCACAGCUCGCGCCAGUGAAGAUGGAAGGUGAUGGUCAAAGACUAAAUUUAGCCAAACAAUUCAUGGGAAUUUCAUCUUCCGAUCACAAUAAUAACAAUAUCAAUAACAAUAACAAUGCAACGGGUCAUCAAUUUUGGGGUGGUAAUAACAUUGGUAACAACUCGGCUACUCCUACUAGCAUGUGGACUGAUCUCUCCGGGCUUAAUUCAUCUUCUACUAGCCAUCUUUUAUGAAUUGUUUCGUAACUUAUUGGUUCGUCGGUAGUAGCUAGCUAGCUAUAUAUAUAUAUAUGUAUGUAUAUGUAUAUUUUAGCUAAGCUAGCUCUCCAACUUAGCUUGUUCGUCUAGCUAAUUUGUUCACCAGACUAAAUAUUUGGCUUCGAUCUUGGGAAGAAGAUGAUUAAGUGUAUGAAAGUCAUUGUUCCAUCCAAGAAUUUCGAGAUGACCGACAUAUAGUUGAUUAAUGAUCGUCAACAAUCUUUCAUCAUGACUACUGCAGCUAGGGUUGAGAUGUGUAUCGCGGUCUUCCUCAAUCUCUCAAUGCCAUGAUGAUGAGAUAAUACUACUACUAGAAGUUAGUGAUCUAUAUACUCUAAGCUCUUUUAAUGUUCUUAUUACUUUGUUUUUUUUUCCUUUAUCCUUCCUUCAAUUUCUUGUUGGAUGUAUGGUACUUGUAUUUUGAUUGUGGGGUGUGUAAGAGUUUUGAAUCAAACCUUUAAACUUAGCUUUUGAUUAUAAA